CCACACUUGUAGACAUCGCUGUGCUCCCGGGUCGUGAAUAUUGAGCUGCUGGAUUUUUUUUUUCUGUGAAGAAACUUUUCAUUCCGAAGUGGGGGAAAAAAAAGAAGAAGGAUUUGUCUCCAACCGUCUGGCUACCAGUUGCAUUUCCUACCAGUGGUGGAUUUUAAAUCUAAAAAUACCGUUGAGGUUUCAUUUUUAGAUCUAUUUUUUAGUUUUUUUUUUGGUUUGCCAACUAGUUAAGUCACAUAAAGGAAGAUGGGGUCGCAGUCGUCCAAGGGUGGAGUAGCCGUGGAGGGGAACGCCGCCGCCGCUGACGCAAGUGCCGCUAAAAUUAAUGGCCAGGAGAACGGCCACGUGAAGACCAACGGCGACGUCUCUGCUAAGCCCGACGGGGAAGCGGCCGCCGCCAACGGCAGCGGUGCGGCGGAGGGCGCCGCGAAGGAGGCGGAGUCGGCGGGCGGGGAUGCCAUCGAGCCGGCGCCCACCGCGGAGGGCGACGCCGCCAAGCCGGAGGGCGAGGCCGCGCCCAAGGAGACCAAGAAGAAGAAGUUCUUCUCCUUCAAGAGCUCCUUCAAGUUCAAGGGCCUCCCACUGAAGAAGUCCAAGAAGCCCGGCGCGGAGCCCAAGGAGGAGGCCGCUAACGGCGACGCCGCUAACGCUAACGCCGCCGCCGUCGCCGUGGGCGACGAGAAGCCGGCAGAGAACGGGCCGGCGGCCGAGGCGGGCGAGGAGAAGGAGGAGAAGAAGGAGGAGGAGGCGGCGGCGGAGACGACGGCGGCGGAACCGGCGCCCGAGGAGGAGGUCAAGGCCGAGGAGGAGGUCAAGGCCGAGGCCGCGCCCGUCGCCGCGGAGACCAGCGAGGCCGCCAAGCCUGAGGAGGGGGCCCCGGAGACCAGCGAACCCCCUGCGCCCGCCGACCCCGCCCCCGCCCCCGCCGAGGACACGACGCCCGCCGCGCCCUCCGAACCCAAGGAGGAGUGAGCUGAGCGUGCUCACACGCCGAGGACUCUGGGAACUGUUGUUUUUCAAGAUUAAAAAAAAAAAAAAAAAAGAUUAAAAAAACAAAAGAAAGGAAAGAAAUACAAAAAUAUAUAUAAAUAUAUAUGAGACUUCUCGUGCCACGUUCUUUAAAAAAUGUAAAAUAUUAUACAAAAAAGAGAAAGAAAAAAAAUACAAUUAUCACAUAGCUGAUUUCAUCCACAAGUUCACUGCUGUUUUUUGGGUUUUUUUGGAGGGUAAAUCUUCUGCUGAUGGACCCUUUCGACCCCCCCACCCCCGACGUCCCUGGUGAAGGGGCAUGCCAGUUCCCUGUUUGAUGGCAUGCGGUUCAUUGUGGGGGGUCGAGGGUCAUGAUGUUUUGGAAUGGAGCGUCCGUGGAAGGAAUCAAGAUGAUCACUUUUUUUUGUUCGUUUUUUUUUGUUUCCCCUUCCCCGCCCUUCUUGCCCAGAGAGUGGGUAGUUUUUAAAAUGGAUCCCGGUCUCUACGAUGGCAGAACUGAGCAAGGGGUGACCUCAUGCUCCACUUUUACCGGACUGUUAUAUGGACAUGAUAAUUAUCCUUCCAGAAAAUAAAAACAUUAACUUUUAGAAUAUUACAGUAUUCCUGUUUUACCCCCCCCCCCCCCCCCCCGCCUGCCGGCCCCCUCCCCCCAGUAUUAUGUGCUGUAUAGGAGGAGGAGAGCAUUCUAAAGAUGGAGAAGCUUAUAGUCUGUUUGUUUACAGUGUACUUUCAUUUUUUUUAAUUUUAUUAUUUUGGCUAAGAACACUUUUUUUCAGUCUGCUGUUCGAAUUCCUACUUCUUGCAUCCGAGGCGGAUUGUGGCACAAGACGGCAGCCGUUGAUUCAUGUCUUUUUUCUUUUUUUGUGUCUCUGUAAAUACGUUUUUGGCCAAUGUCUUCUUUUUUUUUCUUUUUUUUUCUCUUUAUUUUGCUAACGUUUAAAGAUGAUGUUAAUGGUUUUAUUGUAACGUUAAUAAGGGUGAAUAAAUGUUUGGCCCAUACAGGCUACCGUGUAA